CCCGGUCACCAUGGCAUGUCGGACAGAGUGAGCGCUCCCUCCAGCCUACAGCCCCAGAGUUCAGACCCACCCAAGCCUACUUUUGACCCAGGAGACGACCCGGAUGACUCUUCCGAGGGGCCAAUCAAAAUCGAGAAAUCCGACAAGGGAGAUAACGACAAGGGAGACAAGUCAGGUUUAGAAAAGUCGUCCCAGUCGUCGUCACAGGGGGGAGAGCCACCGGUCAAACGUUCACGGGCCAGCCUGCCGGACGAUGACCCCAAUUUAAGCGUGGCAGACAAAGCAGAGAGAGAGCGACUGAGGCGGCAGGCUAAUAACAAUAGAGAGAGGGUGCGAGUGCGGGAUAUCAACGAGGCCUUCAAGGAGCUGGGUCAGAUGGUGACUCUACACUGUAACUCUAGCCAGCCACUGACCAAACUGAUGGUGCUGCAGCAGGCUGUCAACGUGAUCACCUCGCUGGAGGGCCAAGUCAGAGAACGUAACCUGAACCCAAAAGCUGCGUGCCUGAAGAGGAGGGAGGAGGAGAAGACGGAGGAGCUCCCUGGGCGAGCCUCGCUGUCAGGGGAGGAUAUGUCUCAGCAGCCUGGUCUUCCCAACAAGUGCCCACCUUCAGAGCCAGGGAAAGGUCCAUGGCCGACCUGGUAGUGAUGUCUUCAGCAGUCGUCGUCGUAGCAGCAGCAGCAGCAGCAAGUUGACACCCCCACCCCCCCACCAGCCAACCACCCGACAACGUUGACCACUGGCUUCCACAAAACUCCCUCCCAUCUCCCCGGCCGGGCGGAGUUGACCCACGGAGAGAGAGAGAGAAAGAGAGAGAGGAGAGAGAAAAGGGUGUGGGGUAGGGAGAGAUAUAGAGAGAAAAAGAGAGAGACAAGACG